CUCCUCAAACACUACAUAUAAAAUUUGACUGGAUUUGUUAUGGUUGGAUCUUACUUUUUUUUUUAAAUUUCAUACUACAAGUAUCUAAUUGAAUCCUCAGGACCCGACUGCUGUAACCCUCCAUUCCUUUACCUUUAAAAACCCAACAACAGUGACUCGUCUCAUAAAGCAACCCCAUUUAAGGCCCCUUUAAAAGAGCCCUACCGUAAUACCACAAAACGUAGUCCUAGUUGAUUUAAAGCAAGGAAAUAAACAAAAAGAUUGUAAGUUUGAACUCCAUUGUGAGCUCAAUCUUGCUGAUACUCCACCAUAGCACCGCCAAAAUGGAACAGGGGAGCAAUUAUUACUUCAAGAAUAGGAGCCAUGUUCCAGCAUUUGGUAGCUGGGAUUGUAACGAUGAUUUCCCAAUUCCUUUCACACAGUGCUUUGAAUCAGCUAGACAAGCUGAUUUGCUUCAAUACAGCUACUCUGAAGACCGUGAUUUAUACGUCGCCGGCGAUCUGUACCAGAAUGAUAUUGUAACUCCGACCAUGAUCGUCGUUCCUCGUCGUAAGUUCAAUGGAACCAUUUGGAAAAAGCAGAUGAAAGCAAGUAAUGAAGCAGUUGGAAAAGCAGGAAAGGACAAAUGGGUGGUGUGUGACUAUGAAUAUGAGUAUGAUGUGAAAGAAGCAGCAACUCCAUCUCCACCACCACCUAAAAGGGCAGUAGAUGAAGAUCUUUACAAGAUUUCCCCUGAAUUGCUCUACGCUAAGCCUAAAAGGAAAGGCAUUAGGGGUUUCUUUUCAAGCUGCUUACUGCCUAUUUGUGCUUCUUGAUCCUCAAGAAGUUAACAAAGCUUGCGAACAAGAGAAGAUUCAGAGCAUAUAGGACUACUGGAUUCAUAUUGAAGGGUAGUUUCGUUGUCUAUACUAUAAAAUUAGUAUAUAGAGGUAUUUUCUUGGUUUUCUUUUAAAAGCAGUAGUACAAAGUGGCCCAAAAACAGAUACUUAGUAGAAUGUUGGCCAGCCCAAGAAGAUAAAUACCCAUCAUUAUCUUAUGAUGAUCACUGCGAAGCCUUCUCUAGUCUCUACUCUAUUGCUAGUAUAUAUGUUUCUUUUUGCUAAGUAUUUGGAUGUCCUACUCCUACUGAACUAGCGUUUCGCUUCUGUAAUCUGAAAAUAUCAUAGAAGGGGCCGUAUUGGAAUAGGGAUUAAAAGGCUAAAAUUACUUUAUGAGAAAAGUUCUUCCCUCUGCCUUUUCCUUCUUUA